GCAAUGCAGAGGAAGAUCGGAAAUCUGCAGCCAAAAGGAAAGAGGAGGAUGCUGCAAGGAAAAAAGAGCUGGAACAGAAGCAGAAAGAAGAUGCGGCCAAGCAAAAGAAGGACUUGGAGGAGAAGAGAAGGCAGGAGCAAAGGUCAACCCUGGCCAUAAGAAGGGUCAUCCAAAAGGUCAGACUAGCAUCGCCUGAGACCUUCGAAGAGGUUCAAAAAGAGCUUCAGGAGAUCCUCAGGGUCGAGCUGGAGAACACUGGCAGCCAGAAGGAAAGGAUAAAGGAGGAGAGUGAGAAAGGCUUGGAGCAAGCGAGGAAAAGACUCGAUAGCAUCAAGGAGCAACGGCAAAAAGAGCUGGACAAGAAAACGGCAGAGGAAAAGAAACGAUUAGAGCAGCAAGCCAAGACGGACGAGCUCCUGCAGGAGCUCAACGGAUUGGUGGAAGCGGCUGAAGCAGGGGUUAGUCGACUGAAGGAGUUGGCCGAGCCACUGUCGGACAAGAUCAAAGACAGCGUGAAAGAGGUCGAGGCAUGUGCACUGGCCGUAGAAGAGGCUGGCAGCGAUGCCAAGACGGCCACCAAGGCGUGUACGGAUUUUGUUCUUGUUCACGGCAACGACAUCAAGGAGUCAACUCCAUCGCCGGUCAUACCCGGCAUUCAGGCCGUUGGCGAGACCAAGCAGGGCUUGGGAAAGCUUCUGCAGCGCAUCAACGAGUGCGGAAGAACUGCAGAAUCUCUGAUCCAAGCCGCGCGAGGCGCCAAGGAGCAGGCUGUCAGGCGAGCGUUUGCCAGGCAGAAGACCAAGGAGAUGGAGGCCAUGUUCGCAAAGUACGACAAGGACAAGGACAACGUGCUGAGUCAAGCUGAGGUAUCUGCUUAUGCCAAGAAGGAGAUAUCCAUCAACAUGGACAAGGCUUUGCUCGAAAAAGUUUGGAAAUGCACGGUGGAUGCAGAUGAGAAAGGCGUCAGCUUCGACAAGAUGUACUUGCUGAAUGCAUCCAUCGGCAUUGCACGGGAAAUGCAAAGGAAUGAGCGUCGCAAAGCUGCCCGGAUUGCGAAGGAGCGGGUGCUUGCAGGGCUCCGGGAGAAAGUGAGGGCAAAGGUCCGCGAGGCAGAUCGCUUUGCCCUCGAGUUCGACAAGGAACUUCGUGCCAUGGAGAAAGAGGUAGCUCCUUUAUUUGGCAAGGCCAGAACGGCUCCUGUUGCCGUAAUGGAGGAAGAAGCUGACCGUUGCGAUAACCUGGUGAAGGCUUGCAGAGAUACAGAAGAAAGGAUGCGGCAACGAGUGAAAGCAAUUCCACUCGGCUUCGAUAAGAAGUACGAGGAGGACCUCAGGGAAUUUGUGAAAGUCGAGGCAAAGCCCUUGGAGUCUAAAAUGGGCCGAGCAGAUCUGCGGCUCGUGCGAGCUGCAAACCUCGCCCGGAGAUAUCGCGAGCAGGCCUGGCGCAGAAGAGCGCAGGAGAUCGAGCACAUCCGUAGCUUUGCCAUGAAGGUGGCUCGCCAGUUUGCUCGACUCAACAAGCUCACCUACGAGGAGUUGUUUGGCCAUGUGGAUUCUGAUGGAGAUGGAGCUCUAGAUGAGGAGGAGUUCAUCUCUUUCUUCUCGGCGAUAGACAAGGAUGUCAAGGAAGAGGAGUUUGAGCCUGAAGAUGUCGUAGAGGAGGAGACAGAGCCUGAAAAGCCUGUGCAGGUGAAUGCCUUGGAAGAAGCAGAUGGCGAUGGAAUGGACCAAGGAAACCUGGAGAAUCCUGUCACUUCAAGUCCCUCGCUGGACCAGGAGGCUGCCAGCAGGCUGCAGGCGAUUGCAGCCAUCAUGCUGCAAGCUACUCCCAAGCCGAAGCCGAAACCGAAGCCCGUCGUAAAGGCAGACUUGACCACCGAAGAGCUGAAAAGUCUCUUCAGAAGCCUUCUAGAACCUCACGAAGUGAAGAUCUCUCAAGAGGUCUUUCUUCGCAUAGUCAAGGUUUAUUACAAGGUGGUCAAGGAGACGCCAAUGACGGAGAAGUUGGAGGUCAAUGGCAGCCAGACGGUCCACCAGCUCAAGGUUGGUGAGGCGGGGAAAGCGUGCCGAGGUUCACGUCAACCCCACUGA